AUGGCUGACCGCCGCGACGCUUCUUCUAGCCUUGCCCGGCACGUGCAAAGGAAGCACGGAAAGCUAGUCACUGGGAAGACAUACGCAAUACGUGACCAAGCUAUCGGAGGCGGUGUAGAGCGAUUAUUUGUGUUAGGGAACGACUGUCCACACCAACACACGACGACGGACCUCGUCAUUGCUCACGCGAUGUUCCCACCAGACACGAGCAAUGAAUCGGAGACAUCGGUGAUCGAAUACAGAAAAUCGAUUAACAUCCUCAACGCUGAGUGGCUAGGUCUCGCAACAGUAAAGCAGAACACUACGAACUGCGGCGAUAUACACCCUUCCCUUAAGAGACAUUCAGAUGUCAUGGCGGCACCACAGGUGUCGACAGUUAUCAAUGGACACAGUAUAGUGUUGUUUAUCUCCAACGCCCGCCGACAGAAUCUCAUCAAAGCUAUCUCACUUUCUUCUUUCCCACCCGGGUUCCCCGACCAGGAUACGUUCUUUCUGAGUGCCGAGGAGUGUAUCACGGCUGCUCGAUUGCAGAAUUUACAUCCGAACAUCUGUUCGCUAAGUCCGGACGGGCGUUUCGGUUCGAAAUUCGUCACUGCUUACCAGGUAUCCAAUCAAGCCAUGGCUCUGGAACGUGAUCGAAUUCUGAUGCCCACAUAUGAUGCACCGGAAUUGGGCUACAUUCGUGAGACCGCCACUGAUCAGUUUGUAGACAAAUACGGAAAUCGUGUGACCCGUGUUGCACGUCCUCUUCCCGUGGAAUAUCUUCUCGUUGACAUGCCUGCAGCAUUUCCCAUUGCACCGGUGUAUACGAUGGCCAAGCAACCGACCGAUUUGCCCGAGGAUUGUCGAUUCCCGGUCGAGAAUCGUGAAAGUCUUGGACAAUGCCAGGUGACCUCAUGCGUUUCUAAUGGUCAUGAAUGGGAACAAUUUUGCUGUCUAGGCUACACCAUAUCUCUUGGAGAUUCUGGUCUUCAUUUGUUAACCCGUCCAUUCCCACAUUCAACAUUUCUAAGCACUUGGAUUCAAUGGUUGCCUUACGUGUCUGUCAAGAAUUCUAUCACGUGA